AUGGAAUCGCUAAAUAAGGCAGUAAACAAAGACUCCAUACUGGUGGCAUACUUGCGCGGCGGCGUCGGAUCUCCAAUGAAAUCACCAGGCGGCGACAGAUUCUCUCGCAAUUACCAGCGCAGAAGCAGCGGGAGUUCCAGAUCGCCGUUAUCGCCGCUUGAGAAUAUAAAGACACCGAUGGUGGAGGAAGACGAAGUUUUAGUGAUGGAUGGAGUUCUGGUUUCGCCGCUAGUCGGAAGUGGAUCAUCAUGCAAUUCUUCCUCUUCUUUUUCGGGAAAGAGCGUGUAUAAGAAGGAACUUCGCAGAGCUUGGGAGGAUCUUGGACACUGCCGCUAUGCAACCUUCGCACAUGGAAAAGAUGAGUUUCAUCCAUCUGGUUUCUCCAUCAAGAACAAAGAAUUGGUACAAACUUGCAAGUCACAUGCUGCUAGUCCUAGACCAAGCCCUUAUGUCCCAAAGUGCCGCAUUCUUCCUCCUGCUAUGACAAAUGCAGCAGUUGCAGCAAAACAAACAGUCUUCUCUACCAUACCAGAAUAUACCAGCAUCGGCCCCACCAUCAUCACAUCUGAAAAAUCCAGCAAGAAUAGUACCGCCCCAAUCUCCACACCUGAUGAAUUUGGCAGAACCUAUAUCUCUAUCAGGCCAGACCAUAGCAACAAAAUCCCAACUGCGAGCAUUAAAUCUGAAGACUCUAGAAUGGAUAUCACUACCACCGUCUGCUCUGACUACUGGUCACCACAGGAUGAUGGCAUUGAUAUUGCUUUGCCACAUCAGACUAACAAACGCAUAUCAAGGGAAGAAGUAAAUGCCUGUGGUCCAGCUACAAAGAAGAGGUUGCCUGUGUUCAGUGAAUUUUGCCCUGGAUAA